ACUUUCCAUUUUCUAACACCCUUCACCUCUUCACAAUCCUACAUUACAUUCCAUGUUCUUCUAUUUUCAUCUCCUUCUCAUCUCACUUUGAGCUUCCACAAUGUCGAACCAAGAUGAUUCUGAAAAUAUACACACAUCUUUAGUGUCUAAUGUGGAUGAACAAGGAGGCUAUUCCAGGAUCUCUCGACAAGUUUUCGAUACAAGAUCUUCGGUUUUGGGGGAGAUUACGAAUAUUCAGGUUAAACCUUCAUCAAUCAAAAGUGAAUCAACUGGUAUAGUUUUGAGUUCACGUCAGCAGACAGAUGGGGGCCAACAAAAUAGAUGUGACCUUGAUAUUGGGCCCAGAUUAAUUCUGCAAUAUAAGUGCAAAACAAAACCGCGGACAGAUGCAGAUAUAUUCAAUGAAGCCUUGACAACUGAGAAAGUCGACCUAGCUGAAGAGCUACAGUUUCCGUUGCAGGAAUAUGGCAUAGUAACAGAAAAUUUAUGCAAAAACAAUACGAAGGGAAGACAUGACUUUGUCACACUUGAUAAGGGUGCACAAAAAGAUAGAAGACACCAUGUUUUGUCUCUUUUGGGGGAAGACAACCAAGAUUUUAACAUUACAGAAUUGCAAGUUAGGUUGGACAUGAUUACCGGUAAACUGGAGGAGGCUCAUACACUUCAAAGCCAAAAUCAAGAAAAACUUUGCGAGGAAGGUAAGUUGGAAUCUAAUAUAAGAACCAGUCAUUUACUGGAAGAGGUGGUUGUUUUUCAGUCGAUACUUAUGGAGAAACUGUGUUUCAUGACUGAGGAUAAUGAAAAAUUGAGGUCUGAAGUUGUAGCUAGAGAGGACAAAAUAAAAGAAAUAAACGCAGAAUGGGAAAAGGCUAGUCUGGAGUUAACAAGCUUCCUUUUGGACGGUUCCAAGUCCCUCCGAGAUGCAACUGACCAGAUAGAAUAUAUAACUGGUUCAUUUGCUCAUGUUAAUAUUGGUUUAGGUGAGCAUAUUGAAAACGCUGCUAAAUCUUGUGUAGAGAAGGAAAACAAGAUUUUACUAUUGGAAAGGAGCCUGGAAGAUGCACAAAAGACCGUAACCCUGAUGGAGCAGAAUUUGAUAUCUUUGAGAGGUGCUGCUAUAGUUUUGACUGAACUUCAGCAACAAGAAAACUCAAGCAGCAAAGAAUGCAUUCAGAUGACUACAACAUUGAGUGAUAGCAAACUCCCAUGCAGGAAAGCUCAGACCUUGAAGAAACAUAAAUCUACUGCUGCUUCCUUAUUCGAGACUAACAUGGAAACUGAUUUGGGGAUUGUUCUAGAAGAUGAUGAAGAUUACACAAAAAAAGGAACCCUUGCAACAAUGGAUUCUAAAUGUUCUUUCCUGUCGGACCAUAAUGAGUUUCAAGAUGAAUUUGAAAAGCUUCAAAAGUGUGACAGUGCUGUAAAUUUGUCUUUUUCCAAGUCAGAAAUAGAUGGUCACUCUCCUGGCAAAGGCUCAUGUUUGAUAGGAUCACAUGCUUUAAAUUGUAAAUCUCAACAAGGACUAAAAUCAGGACAUAAUCAGUUUACAAUGCCUGAGAUGAUUGGAGUCCUUCGACCUGCUGAUAUGGUGCUGCAUGAAGCAGAUGCAAGUUGCUGUACUACAAUGAAGCUUGUUGCUGAUGGGAAAGUUAGUCCGGACUGUAGAUUCUUUAUGCAGUUCGAGGAGGCUUGUGCAACCCUGGAAGAAGCAGAGAUAAUGAUAAAUGCAUUACUUAAAGCAAAUGAAAACUCAACACUGUUAGCAAGUAAGUGCAAGCAAAGUAGGGAAAUCUUAAGUGAAGAGAAUGCUAGCUUGGUUGAAGAAAAUAAACAGCUUCAAAUUUCACUUCAUUUAAAGGAUGAAGAGAAUGAAAGACUACACGAUCAGAUUUGUGACAGUCUAGUAGAAAUGACCAAAAUGAUGUCUUUGCUUGAAAGGUCAUUUUUGCACAUGCAGAGAGAUACAGAAGCAAUAUGCAAGGAUAUAUAUUCUGAUGCCAUCAUGUCAGUGAAGGAAAUCCAGAGUAUUAUACGCUUUUCAAGAUCGUCUGUGGAAGAUAUCUAUGGGAAGGUGCUGGAGAAAGAAUUAUCUUCUUCUGUGCUCCACCAAUUCAUUGUAGCAGAGUACUUCAAAAACUGCAAAAACCUUGGACUUUUUAUCAAUCAUCCAAACAUAUUCCAAGACUGCUUAAACAAUCAAUGGCACAUUAAUAUGAUAGAUGACAAAGUGGACACUUCUCUGAAUUCGGCAAAAGGUGGAACAGAAUUGGGUCAGAGUGCAGUUAUCACUACAAUGGAAACAUUUGAGAUGUGCCGAACCCUUGAUGAAAAUUUUGGCAACAAUUCAGAGCUACAAAAGGAAUUAGAAGAUAUCGAAAUCAUGUUACAAGGUCUGCUGCAUGAAUUUAAUAUGUUGCAAAAAUCAACCUCUACAACUGAAAAUCUCAAAGCUGAAAAUGAAAACUUGGUUCUUCCUCUGAGCCAAACUUGGCACGAGCUACAAAUGAAGACAAGUCAACUUGAUCUUUUGGUUCUUCAAAUGGAAAAGCAUAAACGCUUUUUUAAUACUGAUGCCACUCUAUUUGCCUCAAAUCCUGAUAUAGAACAGUUAAAGGAAAAAGAAGAGGCUAUCAAAACAUUAGAGAAAGAAGUGGUUCUUGCAAAGUCAUCACUGGAGAGACAGUUACUCUCUUUGCUAGAUAACAUUGAGAAUGAUUUAAGGAAUGUCACUAAAGAGAGAGACCAACUUGGUACACAAGUUGUCUCCUUGCAAGAUGGGCUUGACAGGGCCAAUGCUUUAGCAAACGAAAAUGAAGCCAUUGCUGUAAAUGCGCACCAGGAGGUGGAGGCAAGCAAAAUCCGCUCAGAACAGAAGGAAGAGGAGGUUAAGAUCUUAAAACAAUUGGUUAAGGAGCUCGAAGGUACCAUCAAUGUAUUAGAGAAGAAGGGUUAUGAAAUUGAAAAAGAUGUAAGAAGACAUCAACAGAUGCAAGAUCCUUCAAAGAUAGAACACCAACCCCAGUGGCAAAGGCCAUUGAACUCAACAACUAUAGCAUCACAAGAUCAGCUAAUACGGGAAUUGCAUUGUAGAUCCCUGGAACUCCACGAGGCCCAUAAUCAGAUAUUAAUUCUUGAAGCAGAGAUAGCGGAACAAUCAAAAGAGAUAAAAUGGUGUAAAGGGCACAUUUCUGAACUCGUGUUGCAUGCUGAAGCACAGGCAUCACAGUACCAGCAGAAGUACAAAACUUUGGAGGCAAUGGUUCGUGAAGUUAGAACAGAAUCAUCAAAUUUAGCAUAUGCAUCACCAAAUGUUGAUAAGAUGGAGAAAAGGCCAAUAAGGACACGGCGUUCCAGCUCACCAUUCAGAUGUAUGAUGGGAGGUUUGGUUCCGCAAAAAAAUAUGGUAAAAGACCAGGAGCUAUCAACUGCAACAGUACGCAUACAAGAAUUGGAGGAAUUGUUGGUCAGUCGACAGAAAGAGGUAUGCUUGCUGAAUACCAGGCUGGCUGCGACAGAAAACAUGACACAUGAUAUAAUCCGGGAUUUACUUGGUGUAAAAUUGGACAUGACUAAUUACGCAAAUAUGAUGGACCAUCAUCAAUUUCGAAAGAUGGUGAAGGAUACUCAACAGCAAACACACAGAUCUAAAGCAAUGGAGAAAGAAAUUCUCAGGAUGAGGCGGCAGAUCAAUGAUUUAAUUGAGGAAAGGGAUAUAUGCAUAAUAGAAGUAAACAGAAGAGAAGCAGAUAUAUGUGCCAUUCAGAUGGAUGUUGAACAAAUACAAGAGCGGGAGCAGUCACUAAUUGCAGAAAAUGUACUCUUGAAGACGGAGAAGAUCAACUUACAUAGGCGGGUUGCAGAGUUAGAUAACAUGGUUAAUAAAGUAUUUGGAACACAAGCUAACCCACCGCGAGUUCAACAGCAAAUAGAUUGCUUGUUAAAGUCAAGCUGUACUGAUUUAAGAGAGAGGCCAAGAAACUCAGAAAAGCAGCUUAGAGGAGUCAAUAAUGAAUUUUCUCAGUAUUUCAAACCUGAGAGCAGUGACAAACAAACAAAACUGGGAAGAAGGUAACAUUCAAACCUUUGUGUCUGUGUCCUGUCUCUUUUAAAACAUGUAAAUACAUGGUUCUCUAUAUGUAUAUUAUAGAACGCUUAAGCAAAGGUAAAUGCUGGAUUGACUGAAUUUCACCCACUUCAUAUUGAGGAGGUCAAUUUAUAUCAUCGAAAAUUA